AUGGCUCCUUUAAGAGUAUUAAGUGAUUUUACUGACGAUUUUCAAAACUUUUCGACACAACAUCCAGGAGAGCGGCAUCAUUUCCGACAUAGAAAUCAUUCGCGAGAUCACGCGAGGAAUCAUUUCGUAGAUGUUAUAUCAAACUCGAUAAUGGAUGUGAUAAAUACUAGAUUCGUGCCUGAGAACAGCGUGUUGCCUGAUAUGGAGCCGUUGGCCACACACAUGGAAGAAAGGCAUCCUUUGAGGUUGAACAUUACGAUGAAUAGGUCGGAGUUGGAGGCGAUUGACGACGAGUUUAUGUAUAGGCACAGUGGUGCAAUGACUGCAGUGUACUGCGUGGCGUAUCUCCUGGUUUUCAUCGUUGGUUUGGUCGGAAAUUGCUUCGUAAUCGCUGUGGUGUACCGCUCUCCUAGGAUGCGAACUGUGACCAAUUUUUUCAUAGUGAAUCUCGCUGUUGCUGAUAUAUUGGUUAUAGUUUUCUGCUUACCCGCCACGCUUAUGUCCAACAUUUUUGUCCGUAAGUACUUUUGA